AGUCCCUACGAAAGCUCCAGAAGUCACUGUGAAAGCCACAGGAGCUCCUACAAAAGUGCCAACAGUCACUAUGAAAGCUACAGCAGCUUCCAUUAAAGCCCCGGAAGUUACUACAAAAGUUACAGCAGCUUCAAUUAAAAUCCCAGAAACCAGUGCAAAAACUACAGAAACUCCUACAUCAAUUAAAGUUCCUGUGAAUGAUGAAAUGAAGAACAUUCCUCUCUAUCAUCGUCCAGCAAGUUCUCCAACAUCUAUGGAAAAAAUUACAGAGAAUCCAAAGGAAGAACCUCUAUUGAGCACUUCAUCAGUGACUCCAUCCACAACAGCCAAAGUUUCCACUAGCACGAAAAAAAUCUCCACAACUCCCCCAAUGAGAGUGAGAGUUACAGCAAAUCCCAAUAGGACCAGACCAUCUACAAGAAAACCCAUUGAGACAACAGUGCAGAAGAUUACAGAAUUUUCCACACUCAUCUCGAGGAUUCCUGCUAUAGCUGCAGCAAAGUUGCCUCCAACAAGACUUCCAUCAAGUACAAAAGCUCCAGAGAUUCCUUCUUCAUCGACAGAGAAACCAACUAAAAGGCCUACUGAGAGCACGACGACUGUAAAAAUCCCACAAACACCUCCCUCUACAAAGCGAACUCCCCAAACUACAUCCAGCAUUCCAACAAAUUCCCCAUCAACCCCAACUUCCACCACAAUUGUCCGGACAACACCAAAACCACCAACGACAUCUGCUGCUCCACAAACGACCAAACCCACUGAAGAAAUUAUCACAGAAGUAACGGAAAAAAUUCUUCCAGAGACCACACUGGCAUCCACAUCACCCUCCAAGACAAUGGACACGACAUCCGUGGCCGUGGAGGCAUCCACCAUGACCUCAGUACUACCUGAUGGCCCCAACAUUGGCUCAACUGAAACAAUGAUGCAGAAACCACAGAUGAAUGCGGAAAAAACUUCAAGUGAGGAGAUGGCAUCCACUGAGGAUGAAUCCACGGCAAUGGAAGAGAAUUCAAUCAACCAAAUUAUUCAAUCGCUCAACCACUAUCCGGAUGAUGAGGUGGAAACACCAUCAACAGUGCUAUCAUCAAUUGAAUCAAUGUCCGAUGGCGUUAGAGAAACAACCGUGAAACACCCCGAAGACACACACGAUGAUGAUGAUGAUGAAGAGGAAAAAAUGCCAACAACUGUAAAAGUAAUUUCGGUCACUGAACCAGUGAAAAGUGACGAACCAACAGAAAGAACAGCAACACAACCACACAAUACGGAUAAUGUGGGAAAGCCCAGUAAAAUAUUUGCAAAUAAUCAAUUGUAUGUAGAUGAAACAGAUCCCCAAGUCACUGAAAUCAGUACAACACCCAUGCCAGAAGACACCAUCACCACAGUAUCACCUGAAGAUGAAGUGGAGGCAGACACAGAAAUUUCUCAGUCAGUCACUGAAAGUGCUCCACAAAUUGCCGACAAUCUCGUCUCUGUGCCUCACAAUAGUGGGAUUGUUGAGCUAAUUGAUCGUUUCAUUGCUGCCAAUACCAACAGCAUCCCUGUAACACUAGCACCCCUCGAGACUCAGCCAAUGAUCCCAAAAGUUGAGCAAAUGGUACAAAAUGCCCUCCGAAAAAAUAUUACCAUGGGCAAUUUUGUGGAGCAAGUAGCCACAGUGGCUUCAAUUCUUCACGGAGAUGAAGCUGAUGAACCUAUUACUGAAAAACUCGAUCUUAUGGACAAUCUAGAAGAAUCUCUGUCACAUCUCCUGUCCCAAGUCACCGAUGAACGACCCCAUUCUGUACCCCUUGUAGAUGAUCCCAAUAUUGAAAGUAAAAUGCCCAAUAUCGGUUCGGAAAAUGUUUUUGCCGAAGAAGAAGCUGUAACAACCAUUGCUACUCCCCAGGAUGACAAGGAAGAAGAUUUUCCAAGCACAACCACUGAGUAUCAAUUAUCUGAGGAUCGGGAUGAAGCUGAAUCAACAACAUUCUCAAUAGAAAUCACUACAGAAUUGCCCACAGAAGCUGAAGAAGAAUCCCAGGUGGAAAUUACCACAGAAAGUAGAGAUCCUGAACUUCCAGAAACCCCUAUUCCGACAACUUUCGAUCCUGACAAGAAAUUUCACGAAUUGGAAUCUUUAGCUCAGAUCAAGGAAUCUGCAGAGAAUGAAGUAAAUGACAAGGAUGAUGUAAGGGUAGAAACUUCCAUUGUCAAGGAGACCUCAUCAAUUUCCUUCCGCCAAGACAAACCCAAGAAUAUCACUAAAACUACAACGGAAGAUCCUGUAGGAACUACUGAAAUCCCAGAAAUUGACGAGAUCAGAGAAACUACAGAAGCAGCUGGAAGAACAGAAACCCCUGAAUUUACAGAGAAACCCACGGAAAUUGAAGAAGAAUCAACAGAAUUCUCAAAUACCAUUGAUUAUUCUCAAGACUCUGAGCCACAAUCACUGGAUAUUCUCAGUAUAAUUGGGACAGUGGGAGAUAUGCUGUUGGACACAAAAAUCCCUGAGAAUGUAGAAAAUCUCGCCACAGUGCCAAUUGAUGAGUCAACUGAUGCAACAUUCAAAGAAUCUCUACCAACAAUACCCUCGGAAUUUGCUGAAUCCACUGAAAUUCCCACAGUAACUCCCGCCACGGUGUCAGAUGAUGAAGAUGUACCCACAGUAACUGAAGAGGAUGUUGAAAUGUCCAGUGAUUUUGCAGAAAUGCAAGAGAUGAAUGAUGAUGCUACAUCAACAAUUUCUCCCAUAGAAGCAACCACAGAGAUCCCCACAACAUUGGCAGAACUUGCAGAGGAGACAUUCUGGACAUUUGAUGGAUUCACUGGACGUCCAACCACCAAAUUCAAUCCCCUCAAUUUCCGGAAGAAUGAUCUCGAUGAGAAUAUUCCAACAGAGACUCAACAAACAGAACAAACAGAAACUACAGAUCCAGCCACAAAUACUGUGGUCACAGAUGACGAUGCCAGUGAGGAGAUUACCCAGAAAACAACCCAGAGAUCAUCACCUAAGACAACCCAGUAUAAAUUUAUAACAAUUGGUGUGAAUCGUCGAGAUGAUGGAACACCAAUUAAUGUACCAACACCAUUUGGCUUUCACACUCGAGUCACCGAGUUAAUUGUGCCAGAGACAACAACAGAGAUCACCCACGAGACAACCACAUACUCCCACGAUGAUUCCAGCAACACCGAAGAUGACACCAAUGCCACUCAGCCCGAUGAAAGUGAAGAGAUUUACACGAGACUCGGCGAGACCACAGAAAAAUCCCCAGAAGAAACAACACUGAUUGACGAUGGGAAAACAGAUGAGAAUUCAAUAGUGGAAGAAGACAGGGAGGAAGAUGCUCCAACAACAGUUAAAAUCCUCGCUCAGAAACGACCUAUUUCUGUCUUUCAUGUGAACACUCCAAAGCCCACAAACCUAGCUCCAGCUCUCAAACAGAAUCCCCGGAAACCCGUACCGGUUAAUCUCAAACCAGCUCCAAAGGAAGCUUUAGGUUUGGAACAGAGUACCCAGAAUCUCGAUCAGGAUCUAAUUGAUUUUGUCAAUUUAUGCAAUGAAUUGGCAUUUACUUACUGGAAAGCAAUGACCGCUGAGGGUAUUAGUACAUCCCGAACUGUCGUCCUGGCACCCUUUGCAAUUACUUCCAUGCUGGCAAUGAUUUUCCUAGGAGCUCGUGGCUCAACAUCCGGCGAGAUGAAUGAAAUUCUCCGGCUAGAUGAUAUGGUGACAUUCAAUCCUCAUGCUGUGUUUAGGAAUGUCACAGAUUCCAUUGAGAAUCUCAGAGAGGGCGGAGUCUUUACGAGUGCUGUGGUGAGGGAGUUGUUCAGUGAUCGCCAGAAGGGAAAACUCCUAUCAUUCUACAAAGACAAAGUACAACAGUUCUAUUCCGGACAUGUUGAGGAAGUCAAUUAUACAGUGAUCAAUGAUAUUAUCCGAAGGAGGACUAACCUGCUAAUGAAGCGUCACACUUGGGGUAAAGUCAUGGAAUUCCUCAAGACCAACACUAUCACAAUGAGACCUCCACUGGCCACAGUUUCUGCAAAUAUCUUUAAGACUGACUGCUCCAAAGCCUCCAGCUUCGAUCGCGAUGGUGAGAUGUUCUUCCAGAUCUCCCCAAUUGUCCGGCAACGUAGACUCGUCCCUCUCCCAGCAGCUGUUUUCCGAUCGGGCUUCAUGGCUGGCUACGAUCCUGAAUUAGAUGCCACAGCAGUUGCUUUUGGGAAUAGCAACAAUAUCGUGAGCACUGUACUAGUGAUGCCUGGGCAGCAGGGUCAUUUGCAGUCUGGAGAUAGUCUCGAUCGUCUGGAGAUUGCUCUCCUGCAGAAUGGUAUCACCAAGAAUGCUUGGCGUCGUCUCCUGACAACCCUAAUGGAGCGCCCAGGACUUGAACUGCAGAUUCCAAAGUUCACUCACAGAUCUUUUAUCAAUGCCACUAGUGGACUUCAGAGAAUGGGUCUCAAUGACCUCUUUGACUCUGAGAAAUCCGACCUAAGGGGUUUAACAGCAUCUGCCAGUCGAGACAUGUUCUUCUCAGACAUGGUUCAGAUCAAUGCAUUCGCCACUUGUGGUGAGGAUAAAUCACCUGACCAGCAUCAUGUGGAAGUCUAUCCCUCCCCACCCAUCCAGAAGGGCUUCUACCUGGGCGAAUUUACGCGUGGACUUGUAGAUGAUCUACCCGAGAGUGUUCGCAUGAAGCUUCUAAUGACCCAGGAACAUCAGAGAGCUCUUUUUGAUCCCUUCUACGAAACCAAAUACCUCGAACUACCCCUUUCCCUGCGGCCACGUCAAGCGCGAAUUCCCGAAGCGCCUAGGCUGCGAUUCGACCGACCCUUCCUCUUCUUUGUCCGUCACAAUCCCACGGGCAUGAUCCUAUACAUGGGACGCUUCAGUCCACGACUUCAUCCCUGAUUCACAAUACAGAGAAUAUAGCCUUAGCUAAUAAGUUCUUAGAUUUUAAAAAUUUCUAGCCAUAGGAUCGUGACCCUAUUUAUUCCUACAUCCUUAAUUUACAGUAAUUACACAAUUUAAGUUAAAUUAUUUUAGGCAAUUACUCUCCUCUUCUUUUGGUAGUGGAAAAAUCUAUCGAUAUCUCGUGAAAGAGCACGCGUAAAAGCACAUAAUUGCCGCAAUUACAUUCAUCGACAUUCAUUAAUUUGGACUCACACACAUUUCCAAACCAUGUGACUUCAAAUUGACGAAUUCGCCACAAUUAAUUCUCUUUUUUUUUAGUUUGUUUAAGUCCCUCAAUUAAAAUAGGAGCACAAAAACAAAGCGAAUGUAAAUGCAGCGAUUGACUCAUUCUAAAAACCUCUGUCUCCCCACCAAUUUUCUUUCAAUCGACUUUAUUUUAAUAUCCAUUUAAAAGUAUUUAAUUAAAAUUAAGAAUUACAGAGGAGAUAUAUCAGUUAUUUGUCACUGACUGAGUGUCUCCUACUAAAUCGUAAUAUAAUGUUUUUCACAAGAAUUUCCUACAAAUAAAACUACUGUGUAAAUAAGUCUAAA